AUGACCUCCGUGAAACCCCCUAAAAAUGAGAACAGAAAAAAAAAACCAUAUAGUCUGGUAGAACUCGAGAAGAUUAGUAUCAAGUUUGCAACGUUCAAGUUCAGGAGUCUUCGAAGGCUACGAGAUCUACGGUGCUUACGACUUCUACUAAGUCUACGCUGCUUUCGAUGUCUACGAUGUCUACAUUCUUCCAGGAUAAGUUUCGAAUUGCGAAAUGGUAUAGAAUUGAGGUUAGUUUCGAAUUUCAAAGGAAAUCCACGAAGUCUAAGCACACGAUGCCCAGGAUGCCAAGGAUGCCCAGGAUGCCCACGGUGCCCACGAUGCCCACGAUGCCCACGAUGCCCACGAUGCCCACGAUGCCCACGAUGCCCACGAUGCCCACGAUGCCCACGAUUCCUACGAUGUCUACGAUUCCAAUCAAAAAUUAAACUCCGCGAAGCCUACGAAGUCUACGAUGUCUUCGAUGUCUACGAUGUUUCCCGGACCUGCAAGUUUUCAAUAACAGAAGGGACUACAGAUGAGGUCAGUUCUGAAUUUUCAUAA